AUGUCGGAAUGGCUUAACUAUGAGGAGUUCCGAAACUUCCCGCUAAACUCCAGAGUUUUUGUGGGGAAUCCUGCAGGCAGGCCAAUUUUUUUCCCUUGCUCCGGGGUGAGCCCAGCCCCGGAUUUUUGGUAUAAAAGGCCCAAUGUUUGCCAUGGAAAACUGCAAAAUAAAAUGACUCCUCCUACUGCAGUGGAAUCUUCUAUCAACUUUGGUGGUCACCCCACCAUAAAAACUACUCAGGAUCCAUUAGUUAAGCAAUUAUCUUUGGUUAAUGACACAAUUAUUCGUCAUAAUGCUCCUCCACCAACUCUUUACGAAGAUGGUUUGUUGGAAAAGGGAACCACUAUUUCAUCUACUGGUGCCUUGAUGGCUUAUUCUGGUAAGAAGACCGGUAGAUCUCCCAAGGAUAAGAGAAUUGUCGAAGAAGAGACCUCCAGUGAACACAUUUGGUGGGGUCCAGUCAACAAGCAAGUUGACGAAUUGACAUGGAAAAUUUCCAGAUCAAGAGCAUUGGAUUACUUGAGAACCAGAGAAAAGUUGUUCGUUGUGGACGCUUUUGCCGGAUGGGAUCCAAGAUACAGAAUCAAGGUGAGAAUUAUUUGUGCUAGAGCUUACCAUGCCUUGUUCAUGACCAAUAUGUUGAUCAGACCAACUCCCGAGGAAUUGAAGAACUUUGGUGAGCCGGAUUUCACCGUUUACAACGCUGGUCAAUUUCCUGCCAACGAGCACACCAAGGGUAUGACUUCGUCUACUUCUGUGGAAAUCAACUUUAAGGCCAUGGAGAUGGUGAUCUUGGGUACUGAGUACGCUGGAGAAAUGAAGAAGGGUAUUUUCACGGUGAUGUUCUACUUGAUGCCUAUCAAGCACAAGGUUUUGACUUUGCACUCCUCUUGUAACCAGGGUAACGAAAAGGGUGAUGUUACCUUGUUCUUCGGAUUAUCUGGUACUGGUAAGACCACCCUUUCUACCGAUCCUAACAGAAAAUUGAUCGGAGACGAUGAGCACUGUUGGUCCGAUAACGGUGUGUUCAACAUUGAAGGUGGAUGUUACGCCAAAUGUUUGGACUUGUCUGCUGAGAAGGAACCCGAAAUUUUCAACUCGAUCAAGUUUGGUGCGAUUUUGGAAAAUGCCGUUUACGACCAUGAAACCAAGGUUGUUGACUACACCAACUCCACCAUCACUGAAAACACCAGAUGUGCAUACCCAAUUGACUUUAUUCCUUCUGCCAAGAUUCCAUGUUUGGCUGAUACUCACCCAACCAACAUUGUGUUGUUAACAUGUGAUGCUUCCGGUGUCUUGCCUCCAGUGUCCAAGUUGACCAAUGCCCAAGUUAUGUACCACUUCAUUUCUGGAUACACCUCGAAGAUGGCAGGUACCGAAGAGGGAGUCACUGAGCCUCAAGCAACUUUUUCAGCUUGUUUCGGUCAACCUUUCUUGGUUUUGCACCCAAUGAAAUACGCUCAACAAUUGUCUGACAAGAUCAGUCAACACAAGGCCAAUGCUUGGUUGUUGAACACUGGAUGGGUCGGAGCGUCUGCUGCUCGCGGUGGAAAGAGAUGCUCAUUGAAGUACACCAGAGCCAUCUUGGAUGCUAUCCACUCUGGUGAAUUGAACAAGGUUGAGUAUGAGACUUUCCCAACCUUUAACUUGCAUGUUCCAAAAUCGUGCCCUAACGUUCCUUCUGAGAUCUUGAACCCCACCAAGGCUUGGACUGAGGGAGAGUCUGCUUUCAACAAGGAGGUCGAGACUUUGGCUGGCAAGUUUGUGGAGAACUUUACGAAGUACGCUGACCAAGCUACCACCGAGGUCAAGGCCGCUGGUCCACAGUUGUAA